CGGCUGCGUUAAAAUAUCAGCGCCCGACCAGACGGUGCUGAUCGCCGGGUUGUAGCAAGCAGAAGCGGGCGAGCGCAAGCACCUCAUCAUGGGCAACAAGAACAAUCUCACGCUGCCCGAGCGCCUGUACCAGGUCGACCUCCAGCUGGCCGUGCGCAUCUACGGCCUCUUUGGCACCUCCAAGGCGUGGCGGCUGCUCUGGGAGUUCUUUAGCCUCACGGGCGAUGGCAUCCUGUGGCUGCUCAUCGUGCUGCCGCUGCUCGCACUCGCGUCGUUUGCUGGUGUGCUGGCGUCCAUCACGAACGGCCAAAAGGCUUUCCUCUACUUCUUCUACCUCUGCCAGUUUGUCGACAUUGUGUGCAUCGUCAUCUUCAAGCUCAUCUUCCGCCGCCAGCGCCCGCCGCACCACCAGUCGGACGACCGCUUUGUCGGCCCCGACCAGCACUCGUUCCCGUCGGGCCAUGCGACGCGGUCGUGGUGUCUUGUCGCACUCAUCGUGUACCUCGCGCACUACUACCCGCGCAUCCUGAUCGAGAUGCUCGGCGCAUGGAGCAUCCGCGCGAUGCCCACCAUCAUGGUCCUCUGGGCAACCGUGAUUUGCUUCUCGCGCCUCGCGCUCGGUCGCCACUACCCGAGUGAUAUUGUAGCUGGCGGCGUCAUCGGCUUCGUCCUCGAGUUUGCGCUCUCCGCCGCCGCCAUGCGAUUUGUAUUUCCGGUCCUCCUCGCGUCCAUGGCGCCCUAAGAGUCGCGCUCUAGAAGCGACGUGCAAUCGACACGACACCUUGUCUGCGUUGGACGAUACGAAUCCACGAUACAC